AUGUAUGGGAAGUGUGGCGAUGUCGCAGGAGCCAAACAAGUUUUUCAUGGACUCGGUAGUCCUAAUGUCUACUCCUGGAAUCUCUUGCUGGCCGCUUAUGCCCACAACGGGCAUUUGGAAGAAUCCAAGAGAAUCUUUGAUUCUAUGCCGGAGCAAAACAUCGUGUCUAGUAAUGCCAUGCUUGCGGCGUAUGCUAAGGGCGGGGACCUUGAUAAAACGAAGGAUUUUUUCGAGGCACUGGCCCAGAAGGAUGAAAUCUCAAUCACCACCAUGCUCCUGGCAUAUGCCCGUAACGGGCAUGCCGAUCAAGCAAGGGUUUUGUUUGAUCAAAUGUCCAACAAAGACAUGGUUUGCUACACGACUCUAAUCACAGCAUAUGCCCAAAGCAGGAAAGUUGCCGAGGCAAGAUACUUGUUUGAUAGAAUGCCGGAACGCGACGUUGUAUGUUGGAACGCCAUGAUCUCCUCGUAUGCCCAACAAGGGCAUACAGACCAGGCAUAUAAUCUUUUCAAGAAUAUGCCUCUCCCGGACGUGAUAACAUGGACGGCUGUGAUCAGCGGGUACGCCCAGCAUGGCCAACUUUCCCACGCAAAGGACUUGUUUAACAAGAUGCCCCAGAGGAGCCUCGUCUCCUGGACGGCUAUGGUCACGGCCACGGCCAAGUACGGAUGCACGGAAGAUGCCUUUUUGAUGUUCCACAAGAUGCCCGAGUGGAGUACGGUCUCCUGCAAUGCGGUGAUUGCGUGCCUGGGCCACUUUGAGGAUAUUUUCGAGAGAAUGCCGUACAAGGACAUUGUGACGUGGAAUGCCAUGGCGCAAGCUUAUGCCGCGUUAGGAGAUUUUGGUAGUGUAAAGAGAAUCUUUGACACCAUGCCCGAGUGGGACAUGGCCUCUUGGACAAUCAUGAUACUGGAAUAUGCUCGCCACGGCCGUCUAGGAGAUGCGAGGCUCUUGUUUGAAAAGAUGCCUAACUGGGAUUUGGUUUCGUGGAAUGCUAUGAUCAACGCAUAUGCCACAAAUGGGCAGUUAAGUGAAUGUAGCAACUUGUUCAUGCGGAUGCCACAGCGUGACGCUUCUACUUGGAACUCUAUGGUCUUUGCAAAUGCCCAUGCCGGGCAUAUAGAAAACGCGAAGUGGCUUUUCGACCUAAUGCCGGACUGCCGUGCCAGCAUGCCGUGCCUUGGAAUGCCAUGA